GGUACCAAGCGCACGCACGAGGGAGUUCCCCCGGCGAGCUGGCAGGCCACGCCUCCUCCCGCCUCCCCCCGCAGCCCUGUAGCUGGGGGCAGAGCUCAGACUGUCCUCUGGAGAUUGAUGUCUAUUUCCUUGAGGUCUUUAAUUUUGUUGCCAAUUUGGAUAAGCAUGGCCCAAAUCCAGCAGGGAGGUCCAGAUGAAACAGAAAAGUCUACAGCACUGAAAGAUUUAUUAUCUAGGAUAGAUUUGGAUGAACUAAUGAAAAAAGAUGAACCACCUCUUGACUUUCCUGAUACCCUGGAAGGAUUUGAAUAUGCUUUUAAUGAAAAGGGGCAGCUAAGACACACAAAAACUGGGGAACCGUUUGUUUUUAACUACCGGGAAGACUUGCACAGAUGGAACCAGAAAAGAUAUGAGGCUUUAGGGGAGAUCAUCACAAAGUAUGUGUAUGAGCUCCUGGAAAAGGACUGUAAUUUAAAGAAGAUCUCUAUUCCAGUAGAUGCUACUGAGAGUGAACCAAAGAGUUUUAUCUUUAUGAGUGAGGACGCCUUGACCAAUCCACAGAAACUGAUGGUUUUAAUUCAUGGGAGUGGUGUCGUCAGGGCAGGGCAGUGGGCUAGAAGGCUUAUUAUAAAUGAAGAUCUGGACAGUGGCACACAGAUCCCUUUUAUUAAGAGAGCUAUGGAUGAAGGCUAUGGAGUAAUAGUACUGAAUCCCAAUGAAAACUUUAUUGAAGUAGAAAAGCCUAAGAUACAUGUGCAGCCAUCGUCUGACAGUUCAGAUGAACCAGCAGAAAAACGGGAAAGAAGGGACAAAAUCCCUAAAGACACAAAGAAGCGACGUGACUUCUACGAGAAGUAUCGUAACCCCCAGAGAGAAAAAGAAAUGAUGCAGUUGUAUAUCCGAGAAAAUGGUUCUCCUGAAGAGCAUGCCAUUUAUGUGUGGGACCAUUUCAUAUCACAGGCCGCCGCUGAGAAUGUAUUUUUUGUGGCUCACAGCUAUGGAGGACUUGCUUUUGUUGAACUGAUGAUCCAACGAGAAGCAGGUGUAAAGAGUAAGGUAGCUGCUGCGGCAUUGACAGACUCCGUUCACAAUGUGUGGCAUCAAGAAGCUGGCAAAACGAUCCGAGAAUGGAUGAGAGAGAACUGUUGCAACUGGGUCUCCAGCUCAGAACCGUUAGAUACGUCUGUGGAAUCCAUGCUGCCCGACUGCCCUCGAGUCUCAGCAGGCACCGACCGUCACGAGCUAACUUCCUGGAAGAGCUUCCCCUCCAUUUUCAAGUUCUUUACCGAAGCCUCUGAGGCCAAGACCAGUUCCCUCCAGCCGGCGCUGACGCGACGCUCCCACCGAAUCAAGCACGAGGAGCUAUCAGAAGAAAAACUGCACAUAGAUCUGUAAAGGAUCGCAUCCACAUAACCGCCGAAAAUCCUGGCUAGUUUGAAUAUGAGAUUUUACAGAAGUCUCUUAAUUACAGAAGGGGCUUUUUCCGGCCAAAACCUGAUGAUGAGCAGUGUUUUAAGUACAAGUAUGAAAAAUCCCAUUUUUCAAUGGACUUUCCAAUGUAUCAUUAAAAUUGACUCCUUUUUAAUUGUGUGCCCUGAGAAGAAUUGCAAUUUAGAGGACACUCUAGUUCUGUUUUCCUGAAUUCAUGUGAUGAGAGUUUGUGUUUGCUGCUGCUGUGCUUGUGAAUUCUAAGGAGAAGGCGCUAUCACGGAGUUAGGCCUUUUAAGGAUAGAAAUCUUUAUUGCCAUCAGAAAAAUGAGCCUGUAGGCUCUCAGAUGUCUUUUCUUUCUGAAAGGCUAUAGGGAGCUAAAAUGAUCGUUUUAGUUUUCAUCUCCAACGAAAAGAGAGAGAGACCUCUUGUGAAAGAUUUUCUUCUCGACUUAGUGGAAUAAUUUUUUUAGCGUUCCAAUUGCUUUGUAGGCUUUCGCCCUACAGUUUCAACAGUUUAAGUAUUUUAAUCAACCUACGUUCUGGCCAACACUGUGAAAAAUAGGAGGUAGCAUAAGUUAAGAUUUUGCUGACAUUUGAAUGGAUAUUUUUUAAUUAACAUUGUCAAAUUUUAGUUGCAGGGAGAAUUUAAUUGCUUAGUAAAGGAUUUCUGAUAGAUGAAGACUUGAAUUUAAUAUUUUUCACCAUUUAAAAAAUGAUACUCAACCAUUAAUAUGCCUGUCUUAUUUGAAGAUGUGAUAAAUGUACCCAAAAAUACUUAGAACUGACACCUCAGAAAAUUUUACCUUAAAAUCAACCCCUUCAUAGAUAAAUGUUUUUAUAAGUCCACUUCAGCGAUUUUCAAAAUCUUACUAUCUCUUACUGUAUUUGUCAUACAAGUACAUUAAUUAGGUCUUAAAAUUUGAUGACAAAUUAAAAUGACCUUUUUUUCAGUGGUUAUGUCAGAAUAUCUUUUGAUGUUACUUAAACAGAAACGACAGAGGAGGAAAAAUCAAAAUGGCUAUUUAUCCAGCUCCUGGAUGAUUUUAAAAUGUAUCACACCCAGGAUGUCCAGUGCAUUGGUCUGUGAUACCGACCCUUUUUCUGCGAUCUUUCCGAUUUUAGAAGUCAUCGUAAACUCUGUAAAAUAAUGGCAUCUUCCCAUGAGAGGCUUUGAGAAUUAAUAUGAACUGAAUAUAUUUUCCAAAGUAUUAUAAGAAAAGUGUUCACAGGAAACCAAUUCUGCAGCCUUGCUAUUUUAAAUCAGCACUUGUGCUACCCAGAAUUCAUGAAGCUUGUGCAGCUGAAUGAGAGGAAAGUAAAUGUGCUCAGUUUAUAAAGCCAGACCACCUAUUUCUUCCCUUCCACUUCUUCACCAUUCUUUUUAAAAACUUGUGCAUCCAGCUAAUGUAAAUCACUGUUUAAUUGCCUUUCAGACUUUAAAACUACUAGGUUAUCAAGGCUUGUUUAACUAUCUAUAGAGGGCUAUUUGCAAACUUAAGUUGUGUAAAUGUGAUUUCUACUUGUGGAUCUGAGCUGUGGCCACCAGGUGAGAGCUAAGCAAACUAUCUCAGACCACCAACUAGUAACUGAUCAGUCUGCUUGGAAUGUGAAAUUUUUUUUAACCUGUUGAUGUAAAUGUAAUAUUCACCUCAAAUUUCCCAGACUAACAACAAGCAAUGGGCAGUAGUUGCCUGCUUGGGGGUGGCCAGAUGUUAACGAUAGUUCUGAUCUCAUCUUCUCCCCAUUUUUGUGUUUUUAGACAGGUUUUAGGGAGAGUAGAGAUUUAGAGUAAGGAUGCAGGCUUUUUGCUUUAAUUAUGUAUUUAGUUCUUAGACAAAUGGAAUGGGAAGAAAGGAACGAUUGAUAAAUCUUAGAUUUAAAGUAGUCAACAAAUCUUGAAAACCACAUACUGCUUGGGGCUUUAUAAAGAUGCCUUUCCAUGGGAUUUGCUCAGUCUGUAAAACUUUCAUGCGUCUGUGAAGGGAGUAGAAUGCUACCUUGUGAUCAUUGUUCUUUUCUCAAGUUCCUGCCCUGCGCUUCAGCCUGUGCUACAGUAUUGUUGGUCUGAGAACAAGUUUGAAAGCACAGGAAUUUCUUAUCGAUUAUAUAUUUCUGUUUAUCAUUUUAAAUAAAAAAGAAUUUUCCCAACAAA